AUGUUUUACUAUGGCAGCUACUAUGGAGGCUUGGGCUAUGGCUAUGGUGGCCUAGGCUGUGGCUGUGGACAUGGUAGCUAUGGAGGCUGUGAUGGCUAUGGUGGCUAUGGUGGCUAUGGUGGCUAUGGAGGAUAUGGCUCUGGCUGCUGCUACCCACUAUGUUAUAGUAUAUUCAGGUCUUCUGGCUUCUACUGA